AAAACUAUGUCCGAUACUACUGAUAAUAAUGAAAAUAGAAAUAUAGAAAAUUCUGAUAAAAAUAAUUUAUAUUCUAUAUGUCCAUUAUGUUAUAUUUUGAUACAAGAGAUUAGAAAAUGUUAUGAACAUAUCAAUGAAUCAUUACCAAUGGAUCAUCUUAAUUUAAAUAAAAAUAAAACAAUAAAUAAUAUCAUUGAUUUCAUUCAAGUGAACAAACAGAAUUCAAAAAGAUCACCAUCAUCGUCACCGUCGUCAUCAUUACCAACAUCGCCAACAUCACCGUCAACAUCAUUAAAACAUGAUCAUAUAUCUGUUAUAAUAUUAGAUGAAUUAAAACGUUUUUGUGAAAAUACAACAAUACGUGGUCUACCACGUAUAGUUCGUGCACAUAAUCGUUAUUUACGUUUAUUAUGGUUAAUAUUAGUAUUUAUAUUAAUAUUAGGUUGUUUUAUAUGUAUGCUAUUUUUAACUAGACAAUAUUUAGAAUAUAAUGUAAUACAUCCACCACGUGUAUUACGUCAUACAAUUAGUCCAUUUCCAUCAGUAACUGUAUGUAAUUUUCGUCCAAUUUCACCAGAUGGAUUAAAAUAUUUACAAAUGAAAGGUUGGAAAACACCAAGACAUUUUGUAUUAGAUUUAGCUACAUAUGCUCAAUAUAUUUUUUAUAAUCAACAUAAAAUUGAUGAAUAUAAUGCAGCUAGUGCAGCAUUUUCAUUAGCUGGAUUUUUAGAAAGUUUACCAAAUAAUGAAGAAAGAAGAAAACUUGGUUAUCAACAUGAUAAAUUAAUAAUUAAAUGUCAAAUAACCUAUUUAAAUGGAAGUAAACCAGUAGCCGCACCAUGUGAACGUAAUGGUAUAUGGCGUAAAUUUAUUCAUGCACAAUAUUUAAAUUGUGCUACAUUUGAACCAUUUAGUUAUUUACGUUCAGAUACAACAAAUAUAGAAAUGUAUAUUUAUUUAGAUGAAAUGUUAAAUCGUGCACAAUGUAUUGAUUGUUUUCAUGGUGAAGUAAAAUCUCAAUUAUCUGGUGCAUUAAUUACAAUACAUGGUGCUGAUACAUUACCAAAUAUUAAUGAUAAAAGUAUUAAUUUAAAACCUGGUACAUUAACUGAAUUACGUUUAUCUAUUAUAGAGAAUAUACAAAAAAUGCCACCCUAUGGUAGAUGUUCUAUCAAUCAUCCAAUACAAUUAAAUUUAUAUGAUAUGUUAUAUAAUUAUUCAGAAUAUGCAUGUCGUGAAUUAACUAUACAAAAUGAUAUUAUACAUUAUUGUAAUUGUUAUUCCAUUGAAUAUCCAUAUAAUGAAGAUACUAAUUAUAAACCAUGUACUAAUUUAUUACAAUUUAUCAAUAUAUCAAAUUGUAAUCGUAAUGAUUUAUUGAAAAUCAAUAAUCAUAAUACUACUACUAAUAAUCAUAAUAAUAUAAGUAAUAUAUGUAUUCAUGAAUUAAAUAAAUUUAUAACAAGAAUGAUGUGUAAACGUACAAUUAUAGAAAAUUAUUUACAUGGUGAAUUACCUAAUUGUAAAAUACCAUGUUCAUUUUAUUCUUAUGAAACUGAACAAUCAAUAUCAACAUGGCCAACUAAAAGUUGGCAAUUAACAUGGUUAAAUUCAUCAUAUAAUAAAAAAUUAGGUUUAUUUAAUAAUACAGAAUUUAUAUUAUAUCAUAAAGCUAUUGAAUUAUUAGAUUUAGGUAAUGAAUUAGAUGCUAUUAAUAUAUUAGAUAAAUUAAAUGUAUUAGAACGUAAAUUAUUAGCAAUAUUAAUUAAUCGACCUAAUUUUGAUGUACGUAAAGUUGAAGAAAAAGAAGUGAUCUCAUUGACAAAUUUAUUAUCACAAACUGGUGGUUUAUUUUCUAUAUGGAUUGGUUUAUCUAUUAUAUCAUUAGGUGAAUUAGUUGAAAUGUUUAUAAGAUGUUAUAUAAGAAUAAAACAUACUACUACUACUACUACUAAUAAUAAUAAUAAUAAUAAUAACAAUGGUAAUAAUAAUACAUUACAUCAUCAUCACCAUCAUCAUGAUCAUUAUCAAAAUGAUGUAAUUCAUCAAGAACAAUGUUUAUGUAAAUGUAACCAUCUAUUAUGUAAUAUAUUAUUAAACCAUUUACAUAAUAAUAAUAAUGAUAGUAAUAAUAAUAAUACAAAUGAAAUAAUCAAUACAAUUAAUAAAAUGAUAAUCCCUAAUAAUUCUUUAUUAUCAAUGAAAUCAAAUGAUAAUAAUCAAGAAAAAAUCAAUAUUAAUGAGCAAUUAAAUAUUGAAUAGAUUUGAUUGAUCAUCUAUUGAUUACACACACACACACACACACAAAUAUACAUAUAUUUACAUUCAAUUGGUAUUCUUAAUGAGAUUAUCAUUGAUAAACGAUCAUUGAAU